CUCCCAGAUGGUCGCGGUGGGUCCCGGGGGUCCCAGUGGGUCAUAGAUGGUCCUGAUGGGUCUCGGUGGGUCCCAGGGGUCCUGGUGUGUCCCAGCGGGUCCCGGGGGUCCCAGUGGGUCAUAGAUGGUCCCGAUGGGUCUCGGUGGGUCCCAGUUGGUCCCAGAGGGUGCAGAGCUCCCAGGGGCUCCCAAUGGGUCCCGGUUCAUCCCGAUGUGUCCCAGUGGGUGCCCCUGCGUGCGGGUCCCUGACGGCGGUGCCCCAGGCGCGUUCCCGGUGCGCCUGGCCGGGGGUCCCGGGCGCUGCGCGGGGCGGGUGGAGCUGCUGCGCGCCGGGCGCUGGGGCACGGUCUGCGACGACGACUGGGGGCUGCCGGACGCGGCCGUGCUGUGCCGGGAGCUGGGCUGCGGCACCGCCCUGGCCGCCCCCCCGGGGGCCUGGUUCGGGGAGGGCUCGGGGCCCAUCUGGCUCAACGGGGUGCGGUGCCGAGGCUCCGAGCAGCGCCUGGCGCGGUGCCGGCACCGCGGGUGGCGGCCGCACGUCUGCGCCCAUGAGGAGGACGCCAGCGCCGUGUGCUCAGGGCACCAAUUCCAGCCCUUCGGCAGCACCGAGAGCAGCGGGACGCUUGCGCCGGCACCCGCCAGCACCCAGGGAGCGGGGUGUGAGGGUGCAGCGUGUGCGGGGCAACGGGACCUGCUGUCCCCAGCGGGGACCUCCCUGUCACCCAGCAGCACCCAGAGCCCUGCAGGGCAGGGGGGGACCCGUGCCCCCCAAGCCAAAGCAGGGCAAGAUCCCAUUCGGAUCAUCAGGAUCACCCGACUCAAAGCCGAACAGGACCCAGAUGGCAUCAUCCAAAGCACCAAGCCCAAGGCAGGACGGGACCCUGGGGCCACCAGGGCUAAAGCGGGACAGGGUCCCGUUGAUGCCACCAGGUCCAAUGCAGGAUGGGAUCCAGCUGGGACCAACAGGUCCAAAGAAGGACGGGAUCCAGCUGGGACCAACAGGUCUAGAGCAGGAUGGGAUCCAGUUGGGACCAACAGGUCCAAGACAGGAUGGGAUCCCAUGGGUGCCACCCGUGUCACCCGGCCCAAAGCAGUGCGGGAUCCAUCCAGCACCCUACGGAUCACCCGGCCCAAAGCUGGGCAGAUCCUGGUAGGUGCCAACCAGACCUCCAGGAGAGCACCAGGACGGGGUCUGGUUGGGACCAUGCAAGGCUCCAGGCGCAAAGCAGUGCAGGAUUUGGCCCCUACCAUGGUGGUUCCAGCAGGUAGCACCCUGUGGAGCACACGUUCUCCAGCGGAGCUGGAUCCGGCUGGUACCAAAUGGACAACUCGUCCUUCAGCAGAUGUUGGUGUAGGUGAUACCAUGAGGAGGUCACAUCCUGCAGCAGAACCAGCUCCUGAAGGCACCACGCAGAGAACACAUCCUCCAACAGAAGAACCACGUCCUGAAGGUACCAUGAUGAGCACAGGUCCUGCAGCAGAGCUGGAGCUAGAAGGUACCACGAUGAGCACACGCUCUCCAGCAGAACCAGGUUCUGAAGGCACCAUAAGGACCACACAUCCUCCAAUGGAACUGGUUCCAGAUGGUACCACAUGGAGCACCCAUCCUGCAACCAAACCAGGUCCAGAAGGUACCACGAGUAGCACACGAGCUCCAAUGGAACUGGUUCCAGAUGGUACCACAUGGAGCACGCAUCCUGCAGCAGAAUCAGGUCCUGAACGUACCAUGAUGAGCACACGCUCUCCAGCAGAACCAGGUUCUGAAGGCACCAUCAGGAUCACACAUCCUCCAAUGGAACUGGUUCCAGAUGGUACCACAUGGAGCACACAUCCUGCAGUGGACCUGGAUUCGGGUGGUACCACAUGGAGCACCCAUCCUGCAACCAAACCAGGUCCAGAAGGUACCACGAGUAGCACACAAGCUCCAAUGGAACUGGUUCCAGAUGAUACCACAUGGAGCACGCAUCCUGCACCAGAAUCAGGUCCUGAAGGUACCACGAUGAGCACACGUUCUCCAGCAGAGCUGGAGCUAGAAAGUACCAUGAUGAGCACACGUUCUUCAGCACAACCAGGUUCUGAAGGCACCAUAAGGACCACACGUCCUCCAAUGGAGCUGGUUCCAGAUGGUACCACAUGGAGCACACAUCCUGCAACCAAACCAGGUCCAGAAGGUACCAUGAGUAGCACACGAGUUCCAAUGGAACUGGUUCCAGAUGAUACCACAUGGAGCACGCGUCCUGCAGCAGAAUCAGGUCCAGAAGGUACCAUGAGGAGCACACACCCUCCAAUGGAACUGGUUCAAGAAGGUACCAUGAGGAGCACACAUCUCCCAGUGGACCUGGAUCCAGAUGAUGACACGUGGAGCACACAUCCUGCAGCAGGACCAGGUCCUGAAGAUCAUACCCUGAGGAGCACGCGUCCUGCAGCAGAACCGGGUCCAGGUGGUAGCACAUGGAGCACACGUCCUGGAGCUGAACCUGGUCCAGAAGGCACCAUGAUGAGCCCACGACCUCCAGAAGAUCUGGAUCCAGAUGAUGCUGACCUGGUCCCAGGCCCUGGUGGGGUCUCUGCUGCCUCCCCCGAGCCCCCGUCACCGGCUCCCUCGCAGCCCCACACCCUGGUACCAGCAGCUCCUGCCCCCACCACCCAACUGGGUCCAGGCUGCAGGUCCCAGAGCCCCCCGGAGCCCCCCAGCACCCAGAGCCCCCCAGCACCCACCCAGCACCCCAUAGAGCCCCUCAGCACCCAGAGCCUACGAGCACCCACCCAGCGCCCCAUGGAGCUCCCCAGCACCCAGAGCCCCCCCGAUCCCUACAAUCACCCCAUGGAGCCCCUCAGCACCCAGAGCCCCCCAGCAUCCACCCAGCACCCCAUAGAGCCCCUCAGCACCCAGAGCCCUCCAGCACCCACCCAGCACCCCAUAGAGCCCCUCAGCACCCAGAGCCCUCCAGCACCCUCCCUGCAGCCCAUAGAGCCCCUCAGCACCCAGAGCCCCCCAGCACCCUCGCUGCACCCCAUAGAGCCCCUCAGCACCCAGACCCCCCCAGCACCCUCCCUGCAGCCCAUGGAGCCCCUCAGCACCCAGAGCGCCCCAGCACCCCCCCAGCACCCCACAGAGCCCCUCAGCACCCAGAGUCCCACAGCUUCCCCCCAGCAUCCCAUAGAGCCCCUCAGCACCCCCCCAGCACCCACCCAGGGCCCUAUGGAGCCCCUCAGCACCCCCCCAGCACCUCCUCAGCACCCCAUAGAGCCCCUCAGCACCCCCCCAGCACCUCCUCAGCACCCCAUAGAGCCCCUCAGCACCCCCCCAGCACCCCCCCAGCACCCCAUAGAGCCCCUCAGCACCCCCCCAGCACCCCCUCAACACCCCAUAGAACCCCUCAGCACCCCUCCAGCACCCCCUCAACACCCCAUGGAGCCCCUCAGUGGGGGGCAGCAGGAUGGGGGCCCCCCCUGCCAGGCGUCCCCCCAGCUGGAGGCGCUGCUGCAGGAGGUCCGGGGGCUGCGGGGGGACCUGCGGGCGCUGGCUCUGACCCUCCAGCACCUCCUGGGCUCGGGACCCCCCCGGGGCACCCCCAAACCGGGUGACCCCCCCAAGAAAUAA